AUGCGUUUCCAAUCCUUCUCUCUGGCCGCUGCCUUGUUUAGUCAGGUGAUUGCUGUUCCCUGUUCUGAUAUUGGAUGGGCAACUGGUAGAGACGGUGACGGCCAUGUCGGGCGCGAUCCAUUCGAACCGAAUGGUGAUUGGGAUGUUGUCGACGCCAGACAAUGUUGGGUUCGCUUCCAGACUCAUAAAAUAGGCCAGAAUCCGAUCGAUUCCAGAAUCACAAAAACAAAAUUCGAAGCAACUUCCAGCCAAGUUCGCCAUACCAUCAACAACUAUUUUGGCAGCACUGGCAAUAUUAUGCUCUGGUUGCCCAUGCGGACAAAAUCCUUGCAAUAUGCCAACAUUCUAAGUGAAAACUUGGGCGAAGACUUUGAGCCUGUCGCUGGCCAAUCCUCAAUCGUAAAAUCUCGUGCCAUAGUAUCAAUCAUCCUACCCAGCGGUGGAGAGAAGCUUGAAGAGGUGCGUGCAAGCCCUCCCGAGCAGGAGGAAUCAAACGAAAACGUCGUCAACACGGAAAGAACAGGAAUCGUUGGUCUCAGGGGUGAGAUAGCUACCGAGGACUGGGCUUACACCACAGCGACCGAACUCCAGAUGGUUAUAUUUGGCGUCAUCUAUGAACAACAGAAGGCCUACGUUCAGAGGAGGGCAGCCAACAUGCGAGGGUUUGGCUGGUUAACUGCGGAAAAGGCAAACGGCGACUGCGUUGUACUCGACUUCCGAAGAUUUGAUGACUACGUUCUUCGCACGAGGCCAGCUGCAGAUAUACCUACGAAUGUCAACGCCCCCCCGAGCUUCCUCACUUUGCCUGGCGAAAUUCGAAACGCGAUUUACGAAAUCCUCUUAGUUCAAUCCGAGCCCAUAGAUCUUUGGCACGGAUUUGACUCAGGAAUCCCAACGGGGCUCUUUCGCGUCAACAAGCAAGUCCACAGCGAAGCCACCAUGCUAUUUUACAGCACGAAUCACUUCGUAAUUACCGGAUCCAGAGCUAGGGAAGUGGCUGCGUUCUUCUUCCAGAAAAUUGGUGCCCGCAACGCAAGCCUUAUUCGACAUAUCGUCAUUGACUUCCCAGAACUUAAAUGCCCCUGGGGAUUUUAUGCCGAUGUCACUAUCGACAACAAUAGCAUCGGUAUCCUCGAAAGUAUUCUCAACAACUGCACUGGCUUGAGGACGCUUAGGACUUCCUUGUAUAGUACAGACAGCAUGGAAAUGAAGCUCUCCGGACUUCACUACGAGACCCUUCUCGGUGAUCCACAGGAAGAUAUCGAAGAUGCGCUAGAUCUUGUCGAUACUCAUUUUAGAGCUUUUCCUUCUCAGCCAGAGAUCAUUCUUGACGUGUACGAGGAAGGACCUGAUGACGAUCUCAGGGAGGAUUUGGAAAGUUAUGGAUGGGUGUUGAGAAAACAUCCUCUUCCGGAUGAGGAAGAGGACACAAGGUUCAGUGAUAUAAGAGACGAAAUUAGGAGAUCACUUUAUGCUCACUAUCUAGACUUCAGCUCUUAG